GUUUUCUUGACUGUUGCGGAAAAUGGUUACCGUCGAAAACACUAAGCUUGCGGAUGCUCCGGUUCUGUUCUUCGUUUACUUCCACAAGGCUUUCCGUAACCAACUAACGGAGCUACGUCGUUUCGCUACUGACGCCGCAGCAGCCGGUUCCUUUAGCGGGAAACAAGCCAGGGAGCUACGCCAGAAAUUUGAGUUUUUGAAGCUUGUGUACAAGUAUCACAGCGCAGCUGAAGAUGAGGUUAUCUUUUUGGCACUCGAUGCACGUGUGAAAAACAUUGUUUUUAGUUAUUCAUUUGAGCACGCUGGCACGGAUGAUCUCUUCACCUCAGUUUUCCACUGGCUACAUGUUCUUGAAGAGGAAUUAGGGAGCGUAAGCGAUGUACUUCGUGAAGUUAUUCUAUGCAUAGGCACCAUUCAAUCAUCCAUAUGCCAACAUAUGCUUAAAGAAGAGCGGCAGGUCUUUCCUUUGUUAAUUGAGAAGUUCUCGUUCCGAGAACAGGCAUCACUUGUGUGGCAAUUCAUUUGUAGUGUUCCAGUGAUGGUGCUCAAAGAUUUUUUGCCAUGGAUGAUGUCUUAUCUCUCUCACAAGGAGAAAACUGAAGUUGUGAACUGCAUGAAAGAUGUUGUUCCAAAUGAAGACUUAUUACAACAGGUGGUAAGCUCUUGGCUGAUCAACAACAUUCAAUCUACUUGUGGGACUUCUACAAAGAACAUAGAAUGGGUCCAUUAUGAAGAUGUGUCUAAAAAUAAGAACUCACCUCAGACACAUGAUUCUAGAGGAUGUUUUCAAUGGUUUUGGCGGUGGAGUAAAAAGGCAAUUUCUAUUACAAAUGUAGGUCACAGCCCGAUUCAUGGUCUUCAGCUUUAUCAAAAUGCAAUUGAAAAAGAUUUGAGAGACAUUCAAGAAGGAUUAUGCCAAGGGAAAUCUUCAAGCCUUCUUUUGGACCUUGAUUUAGUCAUGGCUCGGUUAAACUUCCUUGUUGAUGUUCUUGUUUCUUACUGCAAAGCAUUUAAGAAGUUUUUUCACCCAGUGUUAGAAGAAAUAGCCGAUGGACGCUGUUCAAAUGCAAAUCAAUUCACCAUAGAUGUCUGUCUCGAAAAUUUCCACAGAUUUCUAUACAAAAGGGAUGAUGUUAAAAUGAGGACGGAAGGUUUUCUACUAAAGAUUCAGGAGGAACUUGAGUCCCUUAUAGUCGAAGCAACAAAGCUAUUUUCCGUACAGAGAACAGAGGUAUUCACAAUCAUCAACAAGAAUUGCAACCAUGAAAUGCAAAGGCAGCUCCUAUACACAAGCAUACAUGCCUUACCUCUUGGAUUGCUAAAGUGUCUCAUACCAUGGUUCUCUACUCAUCUGUCAGAAAAAGAAUCUCAGUCCAUUCUUCAUUUCUUAACUCUGAAAAAUUCUUCUUCCAAAAAAUCAUUUCCACGCCUCUUGUUGCAGUGGCUACCCUUUCGCUACUCAGACAAAACCUCUUCUCAAAGUUUUUGGAAACAGCUGUUCGCAAUGUUAUGCUUCUCUAAAAGAAACAAGUCUUCAACCUUCUUCAUGUUUCCGGCUGCUGGAGACAUGUACAAGACACCUUACUCUAGUCGAAUGCUUUUCUCUGAAAACCUUAGAUCUCCUCCUCUCCAUAUGGAUGAUCCAUUUACUAUGGAUAGAAAACCGAUUGAUCUCCUUUUCUUCUUUCACAAGGCAAUGAAGACGGAUCUUGACUACCUUGUAAGUGGAUCAGUAAGACUAGCAUCCGACUCUAGCUUCCUCAGGGAGUUUCAACAACGGUUCCAUCUGAUAAAGUUAUUUUAUCAGAUACACGCUACUGCAGAAGAUGAGAUUGCGUUUCCAGCGCUGGAGGCCAAGGGAAAACUACAAAAUAUAACUCACUCAUUUAGUAUUGAUCAUGAGCUAGACAUCAAACACUUUGAUAAGGUGUCAUUCAUUUUGAAUGAGAUGUCAGAGCUGAACACCUCUGAGCGGUUAUGUCUGAGUCUUCAAGAGUGUUGCAGAUCCAUGCACAAGAUAUUGUUGGAGCAUUUCCAACAAGAAGAAACUGAGCUUUGGGGUCUGUUCAGGGACUGCUUUGCUAUUGAAGAACAAGAGAAGAUCAUAGGAUGCAUGCUUGGGAGAAUAAGCGGUGAGAUACUUCAGGAUAUGAUUCCAUGGUUGAUGGAUUCUUUGACAUCUGAUGAACAACAUGCUGCAAUGUCCUUGUGGGUCCAAACAACAAGGAAUACAAUGUUUGUCGAUUGGCUAAAAGAAUGGUACAAUGGUCAUAUUAUCCAAGAUGAUGCAGGAGAAGCAAACACCAAUCACAACCCUCAGAUGAUUUCACAUAAUCAAGAACCACUCUCAAGAAGUAUAGAAACAAUUCCUGGUCAGCAUCCAUCUUAUCGAGAUAUUGACAGUUUGGUCUUUGGCUGCAAGCACUACAAGAGGAACGCCAAGCUUCUUGCUCCUUGUUGUGACCAGCUCUUUACGUGUAUACACUGCCAUGAUGAAGAGGCUGAUCACUUGGUGGAUAGGAAACAAAUUGAAAAGAUGAUGUGCAUGAAAUGCCUCCUGAUUCAGCCAAUUGGUGCAAAUUGCUCAAAUACUUUGUGCAAGUCAUCAAUGGGAAAGUACUUCUGUGAGAUAUGCAAAUUAUUUGAUGAUGAAAGGUCAAUUUAUCAUUGUCCCUACUGUAAUCUCUGUCGGGUAGGGGAAGGACUAGGCAUUGACUACUUCCAUUGCAUGACAUGCAAUGCUUGUUUGUCACGUUCAUUAAAAGACCAUGUGUGCCGAGAAAAUUGGCUAGAAGUUGAUUGUCCGAUUUGCCACGAGUACAUGUUCACCUCCAGAAACGUGGUGAAGCCUCUUCCAUGCGGUCACUUGAUGCAUUCAGCAUGCUUUCAGGAGUACACUCGUUCGCAUUACACAUGCCCUGUCUGCAGCAAGUCGCUUGGAGAUAUGCAGACUGUUUCACGCAGGGCUACUUUAAGAUGUUAGACGAAUUGCUUGCCGAAGAAAAGAUGCCUGAUGAAUACACCAACAAGACUCAGGUGAUAUUGUGUAAUGACUGUGGGAAAGAAGGAGAUUCUCCUUAUCAUCGGCUAUACCACAAAUGCACUUCUUGUGGUUCAUACAACUCAAAGCUACUCUAGAUUUUCCUCCAAUUUUCAUUUUCCUUUCACAUUAUUGCAGAACAAGAAAUCAAUGUAGAAGAAUAUGGCUGGUAAGAAAUUUGAUGUUGUACCAAAAUAAAACAUACAGACAGACCCAGAUUUAGUUUUUUUUUCAAUGUAUGUCUAUUCAUUGAGAAUUGAGAGGUUCAGA